ACCGGAUUGGGAACUGUGUUUUCUCCUUUUUUUUUUUUUUUUUUUUCUCUUUUCUCGGAUUACUACCCUGUUGAAACCGACCCGGUUUGUUUUCCCGUUGUUACUCUCUUGGUUCCUCCGGUAGCGUGGAGUAGUAAAUACUUAAAAAAAAAAAAAAAUGCCUGGAAAAACCAAGUACAACCUCGUUGAUGAUGGACAUGAUCUGAGGAUCCCGUUGCACAACGAGGAAGCUUUCCAGCAUGGGAUCAACUUCGAGGCGAAGUAUAUCGGCAGUCUGGAUGUGGCGCGGCCGAGCAGCCGAGUGGAGAUCGUGGCCGCGAUGAGAAGGAUAAGGUAUGAGUUCAAGGUGAAAAACAUCAAGAAGAAAAAAGUCCACAUUGUGGUGUCUGUAGACGGCGUGAAGGUCGCCUUGAGGAAAAAGAAAAAAAAGAAGGAGUGGACAUGGGAUGAGAGCAAGAUGAUGGUGAUGCAAGAUCCCAUUUACAGGAUAUUCUAUGUUUCUCAUGACUCCCAGGAUCUGAAGAUCUUCAGCUACAUCGCCAGAGAUGGACAGAGUAAUGUCUUCCGCUGUAAUGUCUUCAAGUCCAAGAAGAAGAGCCAGGCCAUGCGUAUCGUUCGGACGGUCGGCCAGGCCUUCGAGGUUUGUCAUAAACUGAGUCUGCAGCACACACAGCAGAACGCAGACGGGCAGGAGGACGGCCUCAGCGAAAAGAACGGCAACGACUCCUCCGUCACAGCUCGGGAGCUAACGAGUGCGGAGAAGACGGCGACCGUUGCCGAGGAGACGGACAUCGAUGCGGAGGAGGUGAGCCGCGUGCCGGCAGCGGAGGAGUUAAACCUCAAUAGAGGAGUGACUGAUCUGGACGCCACAUCCAAGACCCCCGAUGUAAACCACUCAGACAACAAGCCUUCAGAGGAGGCCUCUCUGCUGAUGUCCAGCCCCAGGAUGUUGCUCCCCGCAUCGGGCACGCUCCCGCCAGGGGCCCCCCUGUCUGUCCACCACCAGAUCCAACUGCUCCAGCAGCAGCUCCAGCAGCAACAGCAGCAGACACAAGUGGCUGUAGCACAGGUCCACCUGUUGAAGGACCAGCUGAGCGCAGAGGCCACAGCUCGGCUGGAGGCCCAGGCUCGAGUCCAUCAGCUGCUGCUGCAGAACAAGGAUCUGCUGCAACACAUCUCCCUGCUGGUUAAACAGAUCCAGGAGCUGGAGACCAAGAUGUCUGGACCGAACUCAAUGGGCUCCCAGGACAGUUUGUUGGAGAUCACCUUCCGGUCCACAGUACCUCCAGUGAUAUGCGACCCCACGACCCCUAAACCUGAGGUGUCGGCCCUGAACCUGCCUGCGCUGAGCACCAAUGACGGGACCAGCAAUGCCUUCUCGUCUUCCAACGGGACUCUCGGAAGCCCCCUAGUUGAUCAAAGCAUGUUUGAGAACUCCAUUGCCCAGCAGCAGAGUCCCCAGAUUUCCAGGCCGGGCCCGCCCUUGGCCCGACGCUCCCCAGCAUCGGCUAAUCCUAGCCUGGGGUCCAGCUCCGUCGACUCCCCAUCCUCCGGAGGCCAACAGAGGCUGAAAAAUGCCAUUAACCUGGGCAAGGCUGUCGGGGCAAAGGUCAAUGACUUGUUAAGGCGAAAGGAGCCCAGCCACCUCGGUGACAUUGGCGUCACUGAGGUCAACAAAAACGUCGGUGCCGUGUGGAGCUGCAUGGACCAACUCAGCCAGACUACCGCCAACAGUCACAUCUCCUCCUGCGACUCCUUCCCUCGGCUGGACCCACCGCCCCCGUCGGGGAAGAAGCGCCUCCCCCGCGCACUGAAGACCACCCAGGACAUGAUGAUCUCCUCUGACCCCGUGGUCUCCUCUCCGGACGCCGCAGACUCUUCCUCGGUCCUCCCCUCCCCUGAAAAGAUGCCCCUUAUCGCCAAGGAGAAGCCGAGGCGCAGUGAGGAGCAGCAGCAGGGAGGAAAGGAGGAAGAGGGGUCGACGGAUAUCGCGCCGUCGCUGGGCAACGCAGGGGAGAAGGUCGCUGCUUAUUUGGAGGCGAGAGGGAGCAACAGCGAGGUGGAUGGAGUGAUGGGUGGCGGAGAAGAUGACGUGGAAGACAGGAGAACCCAAGGAGACACGGAGGAACAUCAGCCCCAGCUCCAGCUCUCUGUUCCAGACCUCAUCAACAAAGAUCCCCCUCUGCUUGAGCCCAGAGCCAAACCCUGCAACAUCUGGCAGAAGGCAUCGGGCCCGGACUCCCGGCUCGCCUCCACCCCCUGCUCGGGGAAAACUCCCCGCCGGAUCAGCCUGGGCGAGGAGGUCCUGCUCGGGAACGGCGCCCCCUGCAGCAAAGGCCCCGCAGUGAGCGCUGAAGACGCGGAGCCGCACCCGGACCUGCUCUCGUUUGAGUAACGGGCAGAGCCGGGGUCCAGAUACCAGUUCAGUAUGAUUCAGAAAGUUUCAACUUUUUCUCUCAAUUUCUACUCAAGAGGCCGGAUCAAAUAUUCACUGCCACUGCUCAAAUAUAUAACUCAGCCUGCUCCAGGCUUUGCUUUAGGAGAACGGAGCAGGUACUUCCAGGAGCCAGGGCGAGGGCCCAAUCUGGUGCUUUUUAACUUCUUAUCAGCUCUUUACAACUGUGGACGAGUUUAAAGGUCGCGGUGACCAAAUCUGGCCCUACAGCAUCGGCUGAUCAGACACUCCAAGCUUCUUCUUCAUGAGAAAAACAC